UACUUUGUGUGAUCUACUGUAUCUACACGUGAGUAUUUUACUCUUUAAUGCGCCGGAGACGUUUCCUUUAAGAGGAAACUUUCUCUUCACUCACCUGACGUGAGCAAGAGGGCACACCUGAGAAACUUCCGGAGUGUUUGACAACAACAACAACAGAAGAAGAAGAAGAAGAAGAAGAAGACAAAGAAGACGAAGAAGACGAAGAAGACAACAAAGACCUCGGAAGCAGACGAUGACGAGAGACGACGAGGUGUUGACGUCGGCCAAGAUGGAGCCCAGCACCCUGCAGUGGCCUGGAGGGGGACAGACAGGGGGACAGACAGGGGGACAGACAGGUAAAGGGGAUAGGAUGAGUGAGGUGGACAGUUGGACAGAGAGUGAGAGAGAGCUGAUGGCAGAGGGGGAAAGGAGGGGGGUCGGACAGGUAGGGGCACGUGAAGUUGAGGGGGUGGGGUUAGUUGGUGAGUGGGAGGAGUUGAGGAAAGAGUGGGUGGAGCCUGUAGAAAACCACCUUCCAGAGAGAGCUGCUCAGGUGUUCAACCCUGCGGUGACCGUCCUCCCCUCCCCCUCGUCACCCAGAAACAAUGAGGCAUUCUGGGACAUGGAGUCAGAGAAGAGUCCCUUCCUGGGUCCCAGAGGAGUGCCCCAGGACUACAACCAAGAUGGCUACCACUAUGAGUGGACCGAAGACCCGCCUUCUGCCAGAUGUGGGCGGGGCUGUCCCACCAGAGAUAUCCUGAAGGUGGGCGUAUCCCUGGUUACCUCAGCGCUCUUCUUCCCCUUCCUGUUGUGGGGAGGAUUUGUGUUCCUGCCGUUUGACGCCCCCCUGCUGGACGGUGCCCCCCUGAGGCUCAUCUACACGCUGCGCUGCUCUGUAUUCGCUGCCACGCCCGUCGUCCUCGGUUGGCUGGUCCUGGGCGUCACUCGACUGCGUUCAGGUGUGUUGAGGCCUCAGUUUGAGGAGGUGAAGGAGGCGGAGCUUCACAAGGUCACCGUCCACCGUCGCUUUGUCUCUGACUCCUCCUCCCUGUUCCUGAUCUACUUCCUGCAGCUGGUUGUCAUGGCGAUGUACCUGAGCCAAGAGCACCUGAAGCUCGUGCCCCUGCUGACCGUCGUCUUCGCCUUCGGACGGUUGGUUUACUGGGUGGCCGCAGCUUUUGGAAGCAGCAUCCGAGGUUUUGGUUUUGGCCUCUCUUUCCUGCCAAGUCUCGCCAUGAUGGUCGCCAAUGUCUACUUCAUCAUUACGGUGGAGGCGGCAGGGAGCGUCUUCAGCCUCCUGCCUCCUGGGGAGGUGCUGACUCCACCCGCCGGCAGACAGAGGUUCUGGGGAUGAGAGCUGAUCACUGAUCAAUAACUCCUGUCUGCCCAUGUUUUUUUGACUUUAUAUUUUUAUGAACUGAGUAGAAAUAGUUGUUUAUAAAAGUCCCGCCCACUUUGUGUAUAACCCCGCCCUCUGGGAUCUGAUUGUUAAAUCGUUUUAUGAUGGUUAAAUAUUUGACGUUUCACAAUAAAAGAAUGAAAACCAUAA